AUGUCCACCGGCUCCGCUGCAAGUGAUGCCGAGGACUAUGAGACAUGCCACAGAAGGACUGACACCUCGCUGGAGAGGAGCGCGCGGAAGAUUCCCUGCUAUAAUCCCAGCCGGUAUUCAGAUGAGGAGUUCGAAGACGACGGCGCGGAGGGGAGAACCAAGCGCGAGCGCAAACUCUCCAGGGCGCAGCAGAAGGAUGCGCGGCAGUCGCAGAGAAACGCGGCCAACGCCAGGGAGAGGUCGCGCAUGAGGGUGCUGAGCAAAGGGUUCUCCAGACUGAAAACCACCCUGCCCUGGGUACCAGCGGACACCAAACUGUCCAAACUGGACACGCUUCGACUCGCCUCGAGCUACAUCUGUCACCUGAGACAGCUCCUGCAGGACGACCGAUUCGAGAACAGCUUUGUGCACCCUGUCAACCUGACCUGGCCAUUCAUGAUGUCAGGCCGGUCUGAGGACAGCGGCAUCUCACCCACUGCGAGACUAUGUGGAGCAACAGCAUAG